AUAUCCCAAUCUUUCAUUUCAGACUCCAAAGAUUGGCUCACUCAGUAUGAGUUCCGCUACAUUAAAUGGUGUAGGCUCUGCCCUCAGGAUGUCCCCUUCAAAAAUCAUCGAUCUGGUGUCCGAUGAGGACGAUUCGGAAAUUGAUGACGCAGCGCUCGACAAUGCCAUUCGUGAUCUUUCACGUGGCAUUCCACAACACCACCUAAAUGCAGCGUCAGAGGCUCUCGAGGCGGCUUUCGGUCCCAAUGAAAACAGCGUAGGAGAGGAAUUCGAAGAAGGACAAGAUGAAGAAAAAGAUGAUGAAGAAGAUGAUGAUGAUGGCGACGAUGACGAAGAAGAUGAUUCUAUUGAUAGUAGCUUUAUGGAAGACACUGUAGAAGCUUUAACUGAUGAGAAUAUACUCGAUAAUCAUGCUGAUCCUGAGCGAUGUACUCGUAAGGAGAGUGAGCAUUAUCGUAACUUGCUUCGAAAACUUGGACCCCGAGAAUUCUGUGCAGUUACAGUGGAAGCGGAUGCUAUUACCGCUAAAAAGCUCUUGACUGCGUUUGGUGUCCUCCCACCAAUGCACCUCGAAGGUCUUCCCGAUGAAGAGUACUAUCAGUUUUUAAGUUUCGCUAUACGCCGUGAAUUGCAGAAGCGUAUAAAACUUCCGUCGUAUAACACUUUCGACGAUGCUGUAGAACUCAUUAGAGGUGCUAAGAAAAUCAUCGUCAUCACUGGCGCUGGUAUUUCCACUUCUCUUGGCAUACCCGAUUUCAGAUCUGCAAAUGGACUCUACGCACAAUUCGGACACCUAAAUCUGAACGAUCCUCAAGAAAUUUUCAAUAUUGAGAAGUUCAAAGAAGAUCCAUCAAUUUUCUUUGGUGUUGCAAAGGUCAUUCUGCCAGAAAUUCGUCGCUUCUCCCCAACACAUCAAUUUAUUGCACUUUUGCAAGCCCACGGCAAAUUACUCACCAACUACACACAAAAUAUUGACAACAUUGAAAGCAUGGCGGGAAUCUCUCCAGACAAAAUUAUCCAUUGCCAUGGGUCGUUCGCAACCGCCACAUGUCAAGUUUGCGGACACAAGGUAAAGGGCGAUGCCAUUUUCGACGAUAUCAAAAAUGGGCAUAUUCCACGAUGCAAAAUGGAAAAUUGCCCACCCGGUUCUCAAUCAAGUAACCCUCGCAAGCGCAAGAAAUCUUCGAUGGGUGGCAAGAAGAAGAAAAACGGACAAUAUAGUGAUGAUGACGAAAGCGAUGAUAUUCCCGAAUCUGGCAUCAUGAAACCGGACAUCACUUUCUUCGGCGAAAAUCUUCCCGAUGUCUUCUCGGAUAGACUCAGCAAACAUGACAGAGAUCAAGUCGAUCUCGUCAUUACAAUCGGUACAUCUUUGAAAGUCGCACCGGUCAGCGAGGUAGUCCCAUAUCUUCCUAGCAACGUCCCACAAAUCCAAAUCAAUCGCGAUCCCGUCGGUCACCUCGCUUUCGACAUCGACCUCGUCGGCGAAUGCGACGUCGUCGUCUCCAAAUUGUGCAAGGAACUCGAUUGGGAUAUCAGCCACGAGAUGGUUCCCAAGGAUCAAGAAAUUGAAAUUGAGACGCUCCCCGAUUAUCCCCAUCGUCAUAAAUUCACACAAACCCACCCCAGACCAGCAUCGGCCUCAAUACCUAAUUUGUCUUCAAUCUGAGCUCCGCCAUCUGGUCCACGGAUAUGAAAUCACAUAACGACAUGGCGUUUCGGGGAGUAGCUUCACAUUGUUUAAUUUGCCAAUUUUGAUGUUCAUGGACAAACCCUUGCAGAUAGAAAAUUUGUACAGGGCAGGCGCACAUACAUAGAGUUUUCUACGGGUCUAUCAAACACUUCAUCUGUAAGAAUGGAUUCCAUCAGAAUUUCAUAAUAAUCUCAUAAUACGGAUGUUAGCAAGGGGUUCUGGAUGGAUGGGUUUUCCUUAAGCGUUGUUCAAACCUCAUAAAGAUACAGGGUGGCAUGGGUAGCAAGCAUAUCAAUCAUUCAAGAACAACAAUCAUGCA